AUGUCUAACAGUGAAAAUGAACUAACUAUUGAUGGUAUUAGAGAUGUGUGGCAGCAUAAUUUGGAAGAAGAAUUCAAGACAUUACGAAAAAUAAUUUAUGAUUUUCCUUUCAUUGCCAUGGACACAGAAUUUCCUGGCGUGGUUUGGUCUCCACCUGAUCCUUGCAAAGAUAAAAGAUCAUACUACAACUACCAAUCCAUCAAAUUCAAUGUUGAUCUCCUGAAAAUUAUUCAAAUUGGAUUUACACUCUCAGAUCAAUAUGGCAACCUUGCUAAGCCUAUUUCUACAUGGCAGUUUAAUUUCAAGUUCGACCUCAAUGCAGACCUCUACUCUGAGCCAUCCAUAGAUCUCCUCAUAAGAUCUGGCAUCCAGUUUGAGAAGCACCAGACGGACGGCAUUGACACUCGUCACUUUGCUGAACUUCUUAUAUCAUCAGGCCUGGUUUUGCUUGAUGACGUCAGAUGGGUAACAUUCCACAGCGCAUACGACUUUGGUUACUUGUUGAAGGUAUUGACCUGUAAACCACUUCCUGAUGACGCGGCAGAGUUCUACCAACUUUUGCGCCUAUUUUUUGUACAUUUCUACGAUAUAAAACAUCUGAUGCAGUCUUGCAAUCUGUUUAGAGGUGGCUUGCAAGAACUUGCCGACCAAUUAGAGGUGAAGAGGAUUGGUCCUCAGCAUCAGGCAGGCAGUGACAGUCGGUUGACUGGGGCGAUAUUUUUCAAAAUGAAAGAGUUGCAUUUUGAGAAUUGUUUAGAUGGCAUAAUGGAGGAAGGCCUACUCUUUGGUAUUGAGAACGAUAAUGCCGUGGAUCAAAAAUAAUAAAAAUUCAAAACUUUGUUAUCUGCCUAUCUGCUAACUAUCUGCUCAUCGAACUCAAUGAAAACUCGCCCAGGGAUCAUCUCUUUAACCUUUUGCUUACUUAUUUUUAUUGUAUUUUGUGCUCUAAAUUUUCACUUGUAGUAUUUGUUUGCGACAUUUAGUUGCUGUAGUUUAUUCCGUUUCGGUUUGAAAGACAAUUGCAAAAUUGGAGAAAAAACAAAAACUAUUAACAAUUUGUAAACUUAUCAUAAUGGGCAGCAGCUGCAUUGCAGAUAAAACUUGUCUAUGUUUUGUCGCCCGACAUCCAUCAUGAUCGUUCGUUGAUUUACAUUUUAUUGUUUAAUUGUUAAUAUGGGAUUUUAUAUAAUUACCACAACAAAUCAGGGCCACAUUAAAUGUUAACUGCUUUUAUGAUAUUUAUUAUUAUUUAUUUUUGUACGAACUAAAAUAAAAGUUGCAUGAGUU